UAUAACUCUACCUCAUAACUAUUAUUUAUACUCUACUUAUAUGCGUGUUCUUGUUCAACCACCUUCUGAUCUUCAUCUUCAUAGAGAAAGUAUGAAGAUCUAUAUUUUGCUAGUCAUUAUAACUUCCUUCACAUUUGGUUUCAUUGAGAAAGUUGUUUCAAAUCCAAGUUCUCGUCCAUAUACGGCAAUUUUCAACUUUGGUGACUCUCUAAGUGACACCGGCAAUUUCCUUGCAUCUGGUGCCAUUUUAUUCCCAGUUAUCGGAAAGCUUCCUUAUGGUCAAACCUUUUUUAAACGUGCAACCGGUCGUUGCUCAGAUGGACGACUAAUGAUUGAUUUUAUAGCUGAGGCAUAUGACUUGCCAUAUUUACCACCCUAUCUGGCACUUACCAAAGACCAAUACAUUCAACGUGGAGUGAAUUUUGCCGUUGCCGGAGCCACAGCACUUGAUGCAAAAUUCUUCAUCGAAGCAGGACUUGCAAAAUAUCUAUGGACAAAUAAUUCAUUGAACAUUCAGCUUGGCUGGUUUAAGAAACUCAAACCCUCACUUUGCACCACUAAACAAGAUUGUGAUAGCUACUUCAAACGCUCUCUCUUUCUGGUGGGGGAGAUAGGUGGUAAUGAUUAUAACUAUGCUGCCAUUGCUGGAAAUGUUACUCAACUUCAAUCUACUGUUCCUCCAGUCGUUGAAGCAAUAACAAUGGCCAUCAAUGGAUUGAUAGCUGAAGGAGCAAGGGAGCUGUUGGUGCCGGGGAAUUUUCCAAUUGGAUGCUCUGCGCUAUACCUAACUUUAUUUAGAAGCGAGAACAAGGAGGACUAUGAUGAAAGUGGAUGCUUGAAAACUUUCAAUGGUUUUGCAGAGUACCAUAACAGGGAGCUCAAGCUAGCCUUGGAGACACUAAGGAAAAAGAAUCCUCACGCAAGGAUAUUGUAUGCUGACUAUUAUGGUGCUGCCAAACGUUUCUUCCAUGCACCAGGACACCAUGGGUUUACUAAUGGAGCGUUGAGAGCAUGCUGUGGUGGAGGUGGACCCUUCAAUUUCAACAUUUCCGCAAGGUGUGGUCACACAGGUUCAAAAGCAUGUGCAGAUCCGUCCACAUAUGCAAAUUGGGAUGGAAUUCAUUUGACAGAAGCAGCUUAUAGGUACAUCGCCAAAGGUCUAAUUUACGGUCCAUUCUCAUAUCCUCCCCUCAAGACCUCUCCCAACAAGAUAGCCUAGUGUUGGUGUUGAUGGAAAAAAAUCUAUAACAAUGACCUCCAAAUAAUAAAAUGUUAGGCCGUUUAUAUUGUUAUAAGUAUUGUCUGGAUUUCAAUAUAGGGGCCAAAGCUUUUUUUACAAUAAAUUUGAGUCACAAUCAAACGCAUAUGUAGGACCUGCACUUAAUAGCAAUUCUUUGUUGACUUCCAAGUGUAGCAUUGGCUUCGGCACAUCUUUAUGUUUGGAUGGGUACGUGAAUGUAUAGAAAAAAAAAAAAAUAGAGAUGAGAGUUAGAGGAGAAAUGCACCAAGUUGUUGAUUCAAAUGUUUGGUUUCAUGUUAAGAAUCAUGAGAAUUGAUUUUUAUCUCUAA